AUGGAGAUACUACUGAUAAUGGUACUACUUAAUGUCGUCUACGCUGCUAACUGCCCUGAUGGAGAAGAAGCCUUCUUUCGUAUGUUACAGCAACUUUAUAGUAACUUUUGUAGUUAUAAGGUAGCUUAGAUAUUAUAGAUGAUAGACAAGGCGAUACCGUCUUUGACAACUAAUAGUACUGUAAAAAGUACAAUAACUGUCCAAAGAUUACUGUUGACAAUAUACUUUUGAUCUUUUGACACAAGUUCAUACAUAAAAUAGUACAUUCCUCGUACAAGUACACCUACAUAUUCGUAUGUCUUUAUGGUGUAUCACUAAAAAUGUAUAAGUUCAGUAAUUACCUAACGUUGUAGAAUGUAAUCAAGAUACGAAAGUGUGUGAAGAUGACCCAGAAUUAAUAUGUAAAUCCAUAGAAGGAACUUACUACUGCUGUAAGUCCAUAAUCAAACCUAUAUUAUGUUAGGUUGAAAAAGAACAUGUAUGUCUUGUCGAAAACAUGUUAAAACAUAGUUUCAAAAGUUUAAAACAAACUAAUACCACCACUUGAUUUACUGUUAACUAGGUAAAAUAUUACGUUACAGGUGCCGAUACAUCUACAACAAAGAAGGCAGAUAGUCCUAAAGGAGAUAGCGCCAAAAACAAUGACACGAACGGUAAACAUACUAUAAUAUGACCUUGCAGUAACGGCCUAGUACUUGCACUCUUUCUAACUUUAUGUUAAAUACUCGUAUUUUAGAUGAAGAAUGUAAAGAUAACAACGAAACAGAGUGUGACUCAGUAAAAGAAUAUUGUACAGACGAGGUAUGUUAAAUACAUUUUUGAAGAGACCAUAACUACUAUAUUCAAAAAUAUCUUUUUAUAAAAAUAGAGCCAAAAAUGGUUCUAUAUAUCGAUAGUAAGUGAUAAAAUGUAAAAAAACGACUACUCCAAUAGUAAUAUAACCCUACCAAUCAUAACAAAAGAUCACAACAAACUGCCACUUGAGGUGGUUUGACCGGGAAGUGCCUGCUGGAAGUACACACACGAUAAAAUGUUAAAAAUUCAAAUCCGGAACACUUCCUGAUUCGAUUAAUUUGCAUAUUUUGUUUUCGAAAUGACUGUAAACUGACAAAACAUAAAGUAGCUCGGACAUGACAGUAGAUAUGACACUUGCUGACACAUCGCCUACUCUUUAUGCAAAUGAGCUCAGAAUAAGAAGGACAAAGAGUAGAUGUAGUUACUUUGCAACAAUUUCUAUGUAUAUACAUUUCAACAUUACAUGUUACAGUAGAUACUAAGGUGUUCGAAAAGUUGUAGCAUACCCAGAGAUUAGUAUUGUAACUUGCUUUAAAGACAACUUAAUGUCAUACCUGAGAAAUAUUACGUGACAAUUUAAAAAAUAUUAUUGUAGGACUCGGUAGACAUGAUGAAGGCCGAAUGUGCCAAAACGUGCGGAUUCUGUGGCGGAAGCUCACCGUCGACUCAAUGUCAAGACAAAUUAAAGUGAGUAAACAUAGGUGACAGCACGAGUCUGUACUGUUACAUAUAGUCUGGUAAGAUAAUAUACCGUUUGACUGCAGUUUCAGCAGUAUCUUGUAAUUGUCAUGUUACACCAUGCAUUUAAAAGGUUUUAAAUUUUGGGUGUGGUAAUUUGAUGCUAAAUCAGUUUUCGUAGUCGUGAAUGAUCUUUAAUUUACGAUGCACAUAGUGAAUAUACGUAUUACAUAUAGGUACAUAUAGAAAACAUCUUUCAAGUCAUAUACUACAUGUAUUAAUGUAGAGUUGUUUAUAUAAAACAUUGGUAGUGUUUAAUUUGACAUUUGAUACUUCAGAGAAUGCUCGAUCUGGAAGAAGUACGGAUUCUGUGAAACUGAUAAGAUCACCGCGGCCAAAAAGAAAGAAGUAUGCCCUGAGGCGUGUGGACUUUGCUAA